CUGGAGGACAGUGUGUAAGCCGUGCGGGUACUUCAGUGGGAAAGAGAAGGACAAUUGCCCAACUCUUCAGCUGAGACCAUGAGCUGCAAACGCCACAAUCCAGUAGAGAGCAUUUGCAGAAAACUCCAAACCAUCCGGAUGCGGGACCAGGUAUCUAACCCGAUGCUGCAGAUUCCAAAAUUUUGCUCCAGGAACUUUGACAGCCCUCAGGUCAGCCACAAGAAGAAUAUGGAGGUGAUUCUAAAGAACAGAACCAUGAAAAAUCAAGGGGUGGAGCAGGAGGUGAACAUUGCUUUUGCGAAUCAAGCGCUAUCACCUGAAAUCACGCUGAUCUCCUUGGGGCAGCCUAAAAGUGAGGGACUGAGUCCCACUGUCACUUCUACUUACACAGUCAUCAGCUCCACAGGAGAUGCAGCCUCCAAGCCUCUGUAUUGUCGCAGGACUCAGACCUGUUCGACGCCGGUUGCGGCGAGUGACAGAAAUGACGCGAUCUCGAGCCACCCCCACUCGUCGAUCAUUAAUAUUGAGCAUCGCUUUCUGCCCAGUGCUGACUGUGGUGCUGCUUGCAGUCCCGUCAACUCCACCAGUUUUAGCUUCUGCACCCAUCUGCGCAGACCAGACUCUCCUGUAGCAAAGAAGCUAUCGUUAGCUGAUGCGAGUGGAAACAAGCCCACAGUGUCAAACAGAAUGGAAAAUACUGAAGAUGCAAGUCUGAUCUGUGAGGAAGAUUUGCUGGACACCAUUUUCUACACCUGUGAUGUAAGGCACAAAGGGAAGGUGUGCGUUUCUAAGAUUGUGGACUACCUACGUCACACUACAAGUCGCACUUCAGAUGACAGUGGUCUCGAAGACUUGUGUAACAUGCUGGACCCCGAUAACAAGGACGUCUCGAUUGAUUUGGACACCUAUCGUGCGGUGAUGAAGGAGUGGAUAGAAGACUGCAGGAGGACGAGCAUCCAUGAGGAGAUGGAAGCUGUGAAUGUUACUGAAGACCUUGUGCAACACCACGAUGGCCAAGGGUCAGGAACAAAAUGUUCAGAUGCCGUUGAUCAAACAGUGGGAAGCUUGGAGGCAUUUGGCGGGGAGAUUUCAAGAGGAGACCUGGAGACAUCAGACUUGAUAUCCUGUAUUGCUGAUCUCCAGUACAAUCACCAAAAACUCCAAGAGCACAAUCUGAAGUUAAGGUUGACCAUUGAUGCUGCAGAAGAAAGUAACAAUCGAUUAAUGGAGCAAAAUGAAGAGUUGCUCAGUCAGAUAAAAAGUGCUCAACAGUCUAUUUUAAUAGAAAAGUCCUUGAAAGAAGACCUAGAGGAUCUGAAGUUACAGAUAUCUAACCUGGAAGAGACCAAAGAAAGACUUGUCCUCCAGAAUAAGCAGACAGCGAAGGAAAAUCAAUCCCUAAUUCAGAAGAUUGCCUCUCUUCAGGAAGAGAAUCUAAGAAAUGCCCUUGAUAUCGAGGCCCUACGUGAGAAGAUCGCUGUGCUCUCUGAUGAAAAAACUGAACUGCAGAUGCAGUUAACUGACCUUGAAAGCCUAGCUCAUAACAAAGAUACAGUUUUACUCGAGAGAGAGAACCACAUUAAAGAGCUUAAGCAUUCUAUUGUUGAAUAUUCCAUGAUUGCAGAGGGUUUACGAAAUGAGAAGAGCAAGUUAAAAAACCAACUCCUCAUGCAACAGGAGCUGGCUUCACAGUGCAUUAAUACAUCAUUGAUACCCCAAGAUGGACCUGAGAGAUCCAGGGCUCCGAGUUCCUUGCACUCGGAACUAUUAAAUGCUUUUGAGGAGAACAGUUCUGAAUGGUCGAGAAUCUCUGACUGUAUCCCCCCAGCCUUUGAGAAGAUGCUGGAUGAGGAAGUGCUGAUGUUGCUGCAAGGACCGGGGCCAGAGCAGGCGGCUUUGCAAUUCAAAGCGAUCACCAUGCAGAUGGCAACAGAAGUCUCUGAAGAAAUUGAUGCACUGGUGAUGUGGUUGAAGCAAGUAGCUGAACUGGAAAUUAACAGCCAAGAUCUGAAUGGAGCCAAACUUGAGCACCUGGGGAAUCGCCUACAGAAGAGAAGACAGCAGUGGCUGCAUAACAUCUCUGUCCUGGAGGAGCAGAAGUCUGCCUCAGACCGGGAGUACAUCCAAUUGGCAAGCACGUAUCGCAGGAGCAAAACUGAGCAGCUACACUUCAAGAGGAAAGAAGCUGCCAGGCGACAGCGGCUCGAAGCACAGAAAGAGGCAACGGAGAGGGCAGCGGCGGAGACGAGUCUUCAGCUUCAGCGGGUCCGCCAGCAGCUGGGAGCUCUGCACAGAGAGCUCCGUGAGAAGGACGCUGCAUUUGCCUCCGUCCAGGGGAGAGCAGAGGAGCUGCGAACUAAACUGCAGGAGGAGAGAGAGCACCUCCUCACUGCAGGUCGAGUUGAAUCGGGCGCCGGUGAACAACUGCAGUCAAAAGCGAGCCGGCGGCAAACAAUUACUCAAUCACCACGAGAGAGGCUCUUUCAGCAAGAAUUGUGUGGAUUGAAGUUCCAGACUGGAAGCUGUUGCAAAGAACAGAGGCACAAAGUUGUUCAACCUGAAGGACUGAGUGAAGCUCCUCGCCACACACUUCUAUUGAUACAGCAAGGGAGGAACCAUAAUUCAGUAACCACGCACACUUGCACACCUUUACUGGAUGCCUUGAUGUUGGAGCACUUGAACCCAUUCUCGCAUAUCCCGAGUUGUGUAGUGACUGCCUCCAGCGUUUGUACCCUCUCCAACACCGAACAGCAAAAACCAAUGACUUCAGCAACUGAUGAGCUCAACAGCCAUUCAAGCGACAGAUGCAAGUUAAACCCAGAUGGCAUCCAGCUCGACGUGGGGCUUUCUGUUUCUGGUCUGAGUGGAGAGCUUCUGACUCAGGCACCUGCUGAUGAGGGAGUGUACCACGACAAACUGUCUCCAAUUGGUGAAGACCCCGAUCGACACCAGCUGAGUACAAAUCGUGUGGUUACCCAGGAGAGCUCCACAAUGUCCAAUACUUCCACAAAAAAGACCAAUAAAAGCCCACAGCACAAGGAAGCCUCAAAAACACCUGAAGGUAGCAAAAACCAUACCAAUGUGGGUGGCGUAAUUAAAGACUGUUCCUUGGAUGGUCCACUUCCCUCAGCCGGCAGCCAGCUCAGCACUGAAUCUUGUGCCUCCGACUUGAACCAACCAGAAUUGAAAAGUAAAAUAAAAAUUAACCUGGAGGCUACUCGAGGCUCCGUGGCUGUAGAUGAAUUAAGUCCAUGUGAAGUAAAGCUCAACCCUAUCAGCCCAGCUAGCAGAGCUGAAGCAGGAAUGCCGAAGAGUCAGUGUCAAGAUCUGUUGAGAAAGGCCAGCUUACAGAGUGCAAUAGCCAGUGAACAAGAUGUGGAGGCUGAGUUUCUCCGCUUCUCAUUAGCUUUCAAGUGCGAUAUGUUUACUCUCGACAAGCGAUUACGGCUGGAAGAGCGAUCCAGAGAUUUGGCCGAAACAAACUUGAAGAAGGAGAUUGAGAAAUGUCAGCAAGCGUUGCAGACGGUACAGCCUCUGUGUGAAGAGGUCCAGUCGCUGGAAAUCUUCGAGAAGCUUGAGAAAAGUCUCGGUGUCCUUACCCAGACCAUAACCAGGGUAAUAAGCCGCGCUGAGAUGCUGGGAGCCAUACACCAGGAAACUCGGGUCGGUAAAGCAGUUGAAGUUAUGAUCCAGUACGUCGAAAACCUGAAGCGAAUGUAUGCAAAAGAACACGCAGAACUGGAAGAAAUGAAGCAGCUACUUCUGCAGAAUGGAAACACUCUGAAUUCACUUAAAGAACAUCAAGAUGAACAUCGGAAUAAGAGGUUCCCCACCUCCCAGACGUAUGGCAGAGGAUCCUUGCGGAGAGUGAGCAUUGCCACUAUUCCAAGAAGCAACGCAGGAAUGCAGGUUGACGUGUUGAGGUUGAGGGAGAUUGAAGAAGGCAGACGGAAGUCAGAAGGAGACCAGGACAAGCUGCGGAGCAAGUUCACAAGAAAGAUGAGCAGUUGGAAAUUUUUAGGGCAAAAACCAAAUGAAGCUUCCAAAUCCCGGCCAUCACUGCAUCAAUUUAUCAGCACCUGCACCUGGGCAGAAAAGGGCAGUCAGCUGUUGAAUAAAGGUGCCACUCCAGAGCUGGAAGUACAAGAGGACGAAGAAAAGUCAGAGACAUUGGAAACUCCUAUCUUAACAGAACCAGAAAAUGAUCUAAUUGCUUCACCGUGUACAGGAAACAAAGGGCUAUCGCCUCACCUGGCUGAAUUGUGGAACUCCUUUUCCAAAAGCAACAGGGGACCAUGGCUGCCAGUUAUACUACUAUUCUCGCUCAGUGUUUUGGGCAGCUUCCUCAUUGGCUGGUCUUUACACACAUCUGUUGAUGCAGCUGGCGUGGGCACUGGGGACUCUUGGAAAGCAAUUCAACAAUUUCUAUGGCCUUACACAGGACUUCAGCACAAUGGUCAGCCCCCAGUAUAAUCAGCAACGCAAAUAGACAUUGGGUUGUCGCUCUCAGCAUCCUGUUGACGCUUCACUGAGAAUGGUUCAAUAGACCAGUUGCUUGUUUUUAAUUAAAAUAUAUUGUUUAAAAAUUUUAAUCUUGACAAAUCGUGUCACAUAAAAAAUAGCAUUAAGUAUUGGACAACACUCAUUUUUUUUUUUGGAUUGCUGAAUUGUUUCUACAUUUAGAAAAUCUUUAACUUUUUACAUCAGCUAUUCAACUCUAAUAUUUUGCCUGUUAGGCAAAAUUAGUCACUAAAACAGGUAAGGUAUUUUGGGUGCAGAUAAAGUUCCCAAUUGCUAUGAUUUUUAAUAGAUAAGUUUGAAUGUGAAAAGCAAUAAUGUGAAAAUGUAUCUGUAAACCUGAUAUCUUAGACAUUCCUGUGGAAAUACUGCUCAAUAAAGUCUUCAGCUGACCGGCACUGUGUUUGACAGC